CAUGGGAUAUAUAAAAGGAACGAUCCUGACGAUAACGAAUGCAAGUCCAAUUGGGACACGGUUUACGAUAGCAGUGCUCACGUCUGCAUCAAACCCAGGGAUACCAGUUUCUGCAAGGCAGAUUUUGGCAACAAAUGGAAAAACGUUGACGAAAAUGGUCUGCUGGUGUGUUUCCGUGGCUCGAAACCCGUAUUAGCCGGCUUGGCUUCCUGGGGCGAAGAGGGGUGCGACAGAUCGUUUCCCGACGUGUACACUAGAGUGUCCACGUACAGGUCGUGGCUCCGCAAGACCAUGGGCAUAUUAGUGGGAAUAUCGGAUAAUGAUUUUAUCUGUAACUCGAAAAGCUCUCACAAAAAGCAAAUGCAUCGAUUUUACAGUUUUUUUCUGAUAGCAUAUAACGUGAUAAAAAGGGAAUGUAAAACCAACUGCAGACUUUUAUAUGGUUAG